AUGGCGCUAAUGCGCCGAAUACUAGGCGACGCCCAGGCGAAACUUCGAAAAAUGGUGGAUGAACAAGUGUCGGUGGGGACGAGGGUUGAUACUGAGGCGGAGCCGGAACCUGCUGAUCCUCUCAUCACUCCAGCAUGUUCAGUUCUCGAUAGGUCGGACUUGGACAGACCAGUGCCUCCCGAAAGACGACUGCUUAUUAGCACACUCGAUAAACCGAGGAGCGGAUCUCUAAACGGGGACCAAGCCACCCUUAAUAGAUCAACUAGACUAUCUAUUAGAAAUGGAAAAGAUAACCCAUUUAUAGUUUCUUCUCCAGAUGAUGACAAUAAAGAAAAUCAUACGAAUGGUAAACUCGAUUCUCCAAUAAAAUGGUCGACUCAAAAUGGUAGUGACAGUGGCACAUAUGCCGAAAUUGGGAAUAGUAAUACAAGCGAUAAGAAUCCUUUGGAUCCAGCCGAUAGUUCGGAAGAGGAGGUUCCGUUGCCUGAUGCAACGUCGCCAGGUCGGAGUAGUGAUGGACCUGAACCUAGAGCUGAUAUUACGGCUACACUUGAUGGAGAUGCGGCGUCUCCAGGCGGUCGGUCGGACCGAUCGCGUCAGGAAGAUGUUCCCGCAUCCCCCGGGAUGCUCUCUGCCGCUCAAAUGGCUCGACGGCUGCGAUCUGAGAACGAACGGCUACAGGCGGAGUUAACUCGGGUUCGACGAUUGCUCGUAGCGGCUGUGGAGAGGGGGGAUGUGGGGAACGCCUUGAUCGAAAGGGCCCAGGGGGAGGAAGAGGAGAGUCCGCCGCUCGACCCGCAGCAGAUGGAGAAAGAGUUGCUGUUGGCGAGGGAAGCUGUUAGCUCUCUCAAGGCUGAUAAGAAGAGGCUUAAAGCUGAGAAAUUCGAUUUACUCAACCAAAUGAAGCAGCUUUACGCGACUCUUGAGGACAAAGAGAAGGAGCUCCGGGACUUCAUUAGAAAUUAUGAACAGAUGCGGUCAAGAAGCGGCGCGUCCUCGGCGUUGGGAGCGGAGCGUGCAGAGCGGGAACGCGAGCGGGCUGCUCUUUUGCGUCACGCCAGAGAUGAAGCAGAGAGGUCCUUGCAAUUGGCCGCUGCGUUAAGUGCCCGAGAUACGCAGCUACGACAUGCCAGGGAACAAUUGUAUGAAGCACGUAGACAACUCCAGGCGGCGGGAUGUCUUUCGGAGGGAGAGAGUGUGGCGUCGUUAGGUAUCGGUCCACCCAUGAUCCUCGGUGGUCCUUCAGGUCUACUUGGAGACAGGGGCAGCUGCAGCGCUGAUUCAGGUGUUAGAGUGACAGGUAGCAGCGAUGGUGGUGCCACAUCGGUGUGCGGAGGAAACCUCUCUGAUUCUACGGCAGAGGGCGCUCCUCUGAAUAUAGACCCCUACGACACAGAUGCAGUCUCCCUUGUGUCGUCUGCGCAUCCUAUAUAUCAAUUGAGUACGCCACGUGACUGCAGUCCUACACUAUCUCCGCACAAUAGCGCUUCGCCUUUCAGUCGCUCGGUCGACGCGGGCUCGCUCUCCAGGUCCGUGGAACAGCUAUCAAGUCCAGGGGAGUGUGAAUCGGCUCUUUUGGGAGGGAUGCGGACACGUGGGAGUGCCAGCAAAUCGGGCAGAGGCCGAGGCUCCGCGUGGGGAUCCAUAUCACGAGUCUUCGCGAGAAGUAGACAUCGCACCAAGUCAGGCAGCGCGGCUUCUAGUGGACACGAAAGUGAACCAGUGUAUGCCAGCGGCAGUGGCCGUGCUUGGUCACCUUUGGGCAGUGAGGCGGCUUUGCGUGAGGCGGCGUCUCUGCCUUUGUCGCGAUGGCGUGCACCGGCCAUCAUUGCGUGGCUCGAACUGGCCCUGGGAAUGCCACAGUAUGCUGCUACCAUCGCCGACAACGUUAAGAGUGGAAAGAUCCGUGCUUUGAAUGGGCAGGUUUUGCUAGAGCUGACAGACACGGACCUUGAGGUCGGCUUGGGGAUUACACAGCCGAUGCACAGGAAGAAGCUGCGGCUGGCCAUCGAGGAGCGGCGACGACCUGACCUCGUGCGGAACCCCAGCAUUGGGCAGCUCUCGCACGCCUGGGUCGCCGCGGAGUGGCUGCCUGACCUCGGAUUGUCGCAGUAUGCCGAGUCAUUUUUGGCGAAUUUGGUGGACGCUCGAAUGCUCGACACAAUCAGCAAAAAGGAAUUGGAGAAGUAUUUAGGUGUGACGAGGAAAUUUCAUCAAGCCUCAAUCGUCCACGGGAUCCAUUUGCUCAGAAUUAUGAAGUACGAUCGUCAGGCUUUAGCUAUUCGUCGUCAUCAAUGUGAAAAUGUUGACGCUGAUCCUUUAGUGUGGACCAACCAGCGCUUUAUACGCUGGGCGCACAAUAUUGACUUGGGUGAAUUUGCUGACAAUCUCAAAGAUAGUGGAGUUCACGGAGGAUUAGUCGUACUGGAACCAUCAUUCACUGGAGAAACGAUGGCCACGGCUCUGGGAAUUCCACCUUCGAAAAGUAUAAUUCGAAGACAUCUAGUGGCCGAGUUCGACGCUCUCAUCAUCCCCGCAAGGAACACUUUCGGCCAUCAAAUAAGAAUGUUAGGUAGACCUUUCUCGAGAUCAGUGGCCACUGGUUUGCCUGGAAUAGAUUUCACAGCUGACUCAAGACGACAUAGCUUACGGGGCUCAAUCACCCGCGCCCUAGGAGCGUUGAAGGCUAAACACGAUCGACAGUCGCCAUCGAGUUCCAGUGAAAGCUCUAGUCUAGGCCAGUACCAGAUGUGCUACUCCCCACCGAUAGGGGGUAGAACUCUCUCGCAAUUAAGUAUGACCUAUGCCCCACCGCCUACGGUGCAGGAAUACGAGCCCAUAUAUACACCGCUAAGCCUUUACUCGCAGUCUAGCGUGUCUACAAGAGACAGCUUGCAGAGGUUGAACGAGAUUAAAGAAGGGAUUACGCAUAGAUACGGCCAAAGGGUGGAUCAUUCACACAGGGUGAGCUCUCCUCUGCCCUCCAAAUCCGUGGACGAUUCAGUCGUGAGGCAAAGGAGGCACAGACGAGUCAAAAGUAUCGGCGACAUCAACGCCUGCAGUAAAACCUCCGUUUAA